UCUCACUGUGCGCACGCGUACUUGGUCUACGUCUACAUCUACAUCAAAAGUGCCGGUUGUAAAUUGUUAUCAUCAUAAUACGUACCACGAGCAGCAUCGUCAGGUAGCGCUGGAUAGCGAUAACGUCGGUUCUAGUUGUUUACAUGCGAGAGUUUGACGACCCAGAGGACGAUCUCCGUCCACGUAGAGACGCACAUAGAGGCUCCAUUUAUUGAAGAAAAUUUAUUGCAAUCCGCAACUAUGAAGAGAGUGAUCAUUUUCCUUAAUGGCACUGAUGCCAACGGCAAGGUGUUUGUGGUGACUCAUUCAUUAGACGAAUUGUUGUUAGCGGCCGGUGCGAAAUUCGAGAUAACUGCAAAGAGGAUCUUCACACCACAGGGUGGCGAGGUUGACGAUAUCAAGUUAAUUAGAGAUGAUGAUAUUUUGUACGUCUCAAAUGGAGAGGAUUAUAUACAAAAAGAUAAGAUACAUAGUAACAAAUUAAAUAAAAAUUCAGAAUGGAUUACGCUGAACGUUGGGGGAAAAUAUUUUACCACAACUAGGAAUACCUUAACGAAAAAGGAGCCUAUAAGCAUGUUAGCAAGAAUGUUUACGGAGAGCACGGGUACUGAGAAUGCGAUACAGCCGAGUAAACAAGAUCACCUUGGAGCGUAUCUGAUCGACAGGAGUCCUCUGUAUUUCGAGCCUCUAUUAAAUUAUCUAAGGCAUGGCGAAGUAAUACUUGAUUCCAAUGUGAAUGUAGCUGGGAUGUUGGCGGAGGCUCAUUUCUACGGCAUUGAAGGCGCCAUACGAAUUCUCUCAGCGAUUGUGGAGAAGGAGGAACUGCAGAAAGAGGGUCUUAAAUCGUUGACCCGCAAUGAUGUACUUAAAGCAAUCAUGUCAACGCCGACCAAUGCAGAGCUCAGGUUCCAGGGAGUCGACUUUGCUAAAGCCGAUCUUUCCAAGCUAGAUCUCAGGAAUAUCAAUUUCAAGUACGCUAUUAUGCACCACUGCAGUCUGGCAGGUGCCAAUUUGUCUGGAUGCUGCUUCGAGCGUGCCGAUUUGUCCCACGCGAAUCUGCAGGGCGCACAAUUAAUGUGCGUGAAAAUGUCGUGCGCAAACCUAGCCGCGGCGAAUUUACGUUCGUGCAACUUUGAGGAUCCCGGCGGUUUGCCCGCGAACAUGGAAGGCGUGAAUCUGAAAGGCGCCAACCUCGAAGGCAGUAAUAUGGCGUCUGUCAAUCUGCGCGUGGCGACGUUAAAAAAUGCCGUCCUGAGAAAUUGCGUCCUGAGGUCCGCUGUUUUGGCCGGUGCGGACCUAGAGUGCUGUGAUUUAUCUGGCUCCGAUCUGCAGGAUGCAAAUCUUCGUGGCGCCAAUCUGAAGGACGCCGCCUUCGAGUUAAUGCUAACACCGUUACACAUGUCCCAAACGAUACGAUAACAAUGAAAGUCACGCUGCGCACGUUGUUGCUGCAGCUGGAAUUCUACAGGAAUGAUAGUAUUUCAGUUGAUUUAUAUAAAUUUCGGUAAUGGACUAGGAGCAACCAAGUGGCUAACGUUAUAAUACUGAAUUCUUUUAUCUUUCUCUCUUUCUUUCAUAGACAACACAGAAACUGUUGCUUUUUGACGAAAUUUUAGGUGGAUAUAAUAGAUUUGUUCUUUGUAGCUAUCAAAUUUAUGCUAUCAUUGUGCUGUUAUAACGCCUGUCAUGUCUAUAACGCCUAUCGGCGUGGCGCGAAGAAGCAAACGUAACUAAACUGAUUCUAUUGAUCGUUCAUUGAUGUGUCAUAAAACGGAUACAUUUAUCGAAUCGGUCGGCAAUAAAAAUCAUGGCCGAUUGUUCCGUCAUAUCACGUAAACGUUAAUGACAUCAGGAUCGCGAUGUUUAAAUUCGGAAUCGAUUAUCAGAAGUGCAUGAAAAUAAAGCCACCGAAUUAAUUAAUUUGUAACGAAUAAUAAUUGUUUACAUGUGAUAAUGUUUUUCUCGUUAUUGCGUUACUUAUAAUUGCGUUCAUUCUCUCUCGCGGGGAGCAAUUGACGUGUGAAGCGUGACGAUGCUUUCAAUUUGCCUUAUCUCGAUUUUGUUGUACAUUAAUUAAGUUUACGCUAGAUUUAGGGAGUCCAUUUCAAUGUUUUAAUCGCGAACAAUUUUUGUGAUAUACAUACGAUAGUUGAUUGCAUAUAAAUGCUGUAAAUAAUAGUGAGUAAAAUAUGUUAGAGAUAUUAUAGGAAAAGUUUCGAUGUUUAGAUGAUAAUAAAUUGUAGCAGUUCCGUGACUACAGCGCACAAAUCGAGACAUUUCGCUUCUCGUGCGAUUUCUAAAGUGGCGCCAUGUAUUUAAUUUUUUACCGUAACUUAUAUGUAGCGCGUAGGUAGGCGACAAUAAUUUAAAUAAAUAUAUGUUUAUACCUGUGAAGUUACUUCAACGCGUAUUAAGAGUAUUGAAACUUUUAUAAUGAUUAAAUCCUCCUAAAAGGUAAAUAAAAUAUUUAAUUUCAAGCUGAAUAUAACACUGGAGAUAUAUUUUAAGUAAUUUUAUAUCGAGUCGAAUUGGAAAGUCCGUAUCGACUUGUUUAGUCAAAUGCAAACAUUCAUGUGUUAAGAGUUAACGUAAAGUUUUGCGUUUGCAUUUUGCUGAAAAAAAAUCGGCACGGACUUUUUCGUCAAGGCAAUAACAAUAAAAUGAGUAUUUAAGGAAGACACGUAUGAUAGAAUACGCAUUCUAAGGUCGAUUUAGACUAUAUGGCAUGGACGGUAACGUACCAUCUUCAAAUUUCCAUUUUUUUAUUUUUGAAACGGUCCGUUCAUGUUUUGUUUCACACUGGCGGACCAGCGCCGACAUACAUACCGACACGACCAUCAAAAUAGUUUUGCAAGAAUGUCGACUAGCGCCGGACGAUACGUCCCAUUGAAUAGUGCCGAUUAGUGUAGACAGUCUCACUAAAACGCAUGUUUCAAAGUUUCGUCGUGUCGGUGCCAAUACGUGCCGCCGUAUAGUCGAUAUUUUUUGUCGAUUCAAGUGUUUUUAAAGCAUCGUACGUUUAACGAUAAAUUGGAGGAAAAUAAUGAAAAAAAUAUAUACUGAAUGUACAUAUAAUCCUUGCGAGUUCUCUGAAGCAUAUUAUUAUAUAAUCCUGUAUUAAACGGACGAUAUAACUUUAAGUAAAUUGUAAGGAAAUUAUUUUUUUAAGAAAUGUGUACACAAGGAUGUAUCUUAUAAAACAAAUUGUUUGAAUGCCUAA